AUGGAGCUUGAAUUAGGACUCAAAAUCACUAAAACAAGAGAUAACAUUACUUCCAUCUCUCAGUAUCAGUUAGCCAAGGAUCGAACAAGACCGGUUUUUGAGUCUAGAGAAACAAACACCAUGUUCAUCCUCAUUGCUCAUCUUAAAGGUUAUAAGAGGAAUAAUAUUGACAUAAAGAUUAGUGAAGAUGGUAGUAAGAUAUCAAUUAGUGGAGAGAAGCCAAUUCAGGAAAUGAUGAUGAUGGGGUGGGUAAUGCUCAAGAAAGAUGUUGAGAUUACACAGUUCAAUAAGGCCUUCAAAAUUCCUGAAGGGGUGGUUUUGGAUCGGAUCAAAGCGAAGUUUGAUGAAGAGGAAUCGAUGAAGAUUGUAAUGCCGAAAUCUUUGAAAGGGAUUUGUGGGGCUAGGAUUGAAGAGGUCAAGGAAGAUGAAUCUGAUGGAGGGAGAUCAGAAUUAGAGAAAAGUGAAGCUGAUCACAUUUUCAACAGCAUUGGGGAGACACGUGAAAGGGGAUUCAGAGAGCGUGAAGUUCAUGAAAUGGAGGACAGUGAAAGUGUUAUGGAGAAGGAAGAAGUGUAA